AUGAAUCAUCCACAAGAAGACCACCUGUCAUUAGAAGAUCGCAUUUUGCGUAUGGCUGCUACGGAUGCUAGUGAUCUACCUGAUUUCCCAGAUGACAAGAGUGAUUUGCCUUCCGAUUUUGAAUACCAUCCUGAAGAGUACGAUCAAGAUGAAAUGGAGGUCGUCGAAGAGAUAGCAGAGAGUGAACUACUGAAAUACUUGGAUCAGCAAGAAAGUGGGCUCUCUGUGGCGCAAAGACUCUUUUACCAUGAACUCAAUACAACCGAGUAUCAGAGACACAGCGGUUCAUGGGAUCUGAAUUGCCUGUCACCUGAAGCUGUGGAAGAGCUGUAUAGCAAAGGAUGGACUGAAUUGGAGGGACAAUUGGACUUGGACACGUUGCGAGGUGCGCAUAAUGAAUCUCUGCAAUUAUUGGAACAAGGUCAAUUCACUCCUGCAAGCAAUUUUAGUGAAAAUGAUCCCUCCAGAGACACAGCUGCCAGAGAUGAUUCCAUUUUAUGGUUUGAUCCUGACAACCAAGCAGACCAUCAGAAAGGCAUUGUCGAUACACCUCCUUACUUUCAAAAGAUACUCGAGUUUAUCCAGGGCCCAUUGAUGCACGAUAUCAAGCAGAUGGUGCGUCUGAACGGCCGUACUGAAUACCAACUAGCCUACUUCCAUCCUGAAGGCGCUAGAUACGAACGUCAUCGCGAUGCACUGCCUACCGAUGAUCCAGCGGACCGACAUCAGAGACGCAUCACGGUGGUGUUCUACCUGAAUCCUGGCUGGAUCGCAGAGCAUGGAGGCGAGGUAAAGAUAUACAGUCGCCCUGAUGAUCAUGGGUUACCUGAAGGUGCAGAGAGAAUUGUGAAGCCCUUACUGGGCAGGAUUCUAUUGUUGCUGAGUGGUGCUGUGGAUCAUGAAAUCAUGCCUUGCAAGCAACCCAGAUUUGCUUUAACUGCGUGGAUGCGAUAG